GGAGAGAUCGAUAUUGACUUUGGAGUCGAUUCCUACAACAUGAAGGCUGCUGUGGCACUUUGCCUUUUAUUCGCUCUUUGCACUUUCGAGCCAUCCAAUGCCACCACCAGCUUGGUUGUCCUUCGCGCUGAAAUCGCGAAAUUAAAAGUGGUAACCACCAAACUGAUCGGCGAGAUGAAGAUCCUCCAUCAUCAACUUUACUCCACCGUGAACUUGAAAUUAGGCAACAUAAGAAUCAAAGCCAACACGGAGAUCUCUACCAUAAUCAACCCUGUGCUCCGCAACAUUGAACAAGCUGCAACCAAAGCAGGCAACAAUGCUCUCCCUUGUUACGAGAGGGCCAAGAGAAGUCUGAACGAGCUUAAGGAAGAAUCUUCUUACCAAUUGGAUUAUUGCACACAAAAUGCAUUGAGCUCCCUCGAACCCCUGGAAGCAAACAUUGCCGAUGCCAUUGGGGUUGGCAACAAAGCUCUGACGUACCUGAACUCCAUCUUCCCGUCGUGCUUCUCCAUCAGCAUCUUCGAGACCGAAAAAUGCGUGAGAGAAAAAAUGCCGGUCGCCGAAGAAUCCGUCGCCAAUUUGCGAAAAGCCGUCGCAGCAGCCAAAGACACGGAAGCUGUGAACACGGAAGUGAUAAUAGAGGAAGCCAGAACUUGCAGCCAAAAGCCUGUCGGAAGAGUUGCACAAAGCGUCGGGAAAGUUCGUGAGAAAGCCUUCGACUGCAUCCAAAAAGCCGAGAAGAACCAGAACUGAGAAAAUGGCGGCGACUUUUCCAUUUUUUUUUGUAACAUUUUAGACGUUCGAGUGCUGGCAUAAAAUUGCAUUUCCUGAUCAUCCUAGGUUAUGUUCAAUUUUAUGGACUUUUAUUUGCGAGAGGCACUUCCUUGGCAAUUCUUGGAGGACAAUGAUUGUGCUCGGAAAUAAAACAAAUGUUUCUUAAUUGA